AGGCUUUGACGCCGGAACUUUUCAAACAUCAAAUUCUUUCCCAAUUUCGUUUCAAGGAAGAAGGACGUGUAUCAGUCUACUACUAAUGGCAAUUGCUGAACUCAGGUUCCGAAGUGUUUGCUGGAAAUCUGUGAAUAGGUGACACUGGCAUUUUAAGAAUGGACGAGCCUGUUGAUUCCAAAACUGUGGAUCCAUCGAGCGUGGAUCGAUUUCCCAAGCAAAAGGCUUUCAAUCUGGGUGACGUUGUGACCGAUGCGGCCAAAAUUCUCACCGAGGAGGAAAGGACCAAAUUGGAGGAGCAGAACAAACGCCUGGUGAUGCCAUUCCAAGCGCUGAAAUUAGAGCAAGAGGCCCGCAAGCAUUGGGAUUUGUUCUACAAGCGAAAUGAAAACCGGUUCUUCAAAGAUCGCCACUGGACGACGCGUGAGUUUAGCGAGCUGCUGGCGGGUGAAGAUCCGGCAGCCGCUGCUAGCUCCUCGCCACUGGCCAAGCCGGACAACGUGGAAAGGAUAAGCGUUGAGAAGAAGCUGCUAGAAAUUGGGUGCGGUGUUGGGAAUUUAAUUUUUCCCCUAAUCGAAGACGGGCAUCGUGACUACUUCAUCUAUGCGUGUGAUCUGUCACCACGUGCCGUGGAGCUAGUGCGGAAACAUAACCUGUACGAUGAGCGGUACAUGAAAGCGUUCGCCUGCGACAUCACGACGGAGGAAGUGUUCCAGACGCUACCCGAGGCCAGCCUGGACAUAGUUACGCUGAUCUUCGUACUGUCCGCUAUACAUCCGGAAAAGUUCCAAUCGACGGUGGCCAACAUUUACCGGCUGUUGAAGCCGGGAGGGGUUGUGCUGUUCCGCGAUUACGGCCUGUACGAUAUGGCUCAGUUACGGUUCAAGCCAGGGCAUAAGAUAGCGGAAAAUUUCUACAUGCGACAGGACGGUACGAGAAGCUACUACUUUGCCGAGGAGGAAGUAUCGAAAUUGUUCUGCCAGACCGGCUUUACGGUGAUGGUGAACAGCUACAUUCAUCGGCGCACGGUAAACCCAAAGGAAAAUAUCGAUGUGCCAAGAAUAUUUGUCCAGGGGAAGUUUCUAAAACCGGAGCAAACAUAAGGAAAAAUCAUUCACGAAGGAAACUGUUGCGAAUCCCCCCAAGAUCUCGCCCUCACACUCACAUUUAGUGGUCCUCAUCAUUUGAAGAGGAACUGUUUUCUGGUGGAAUGGAUGUCUCCGACUUUUUGAACGUACACGCUAUAAUAAUCCAUAGAUUUUGACCGGAAGUUGCUAUAAUAUAAAAUACUUACCGGCAUCUUAAAGAAGGUAUGUAUUUUUUAAUUAUAUAUUAAUGCAAAAAUGAUAGUUUUUACUUGAUGACGCAUAGUUCAGUUGAACUAACUGUGAUAACACAUGAACAACGCAUUCAAUGCGAUGAAACUGGUCUUUCGCUCCUAUCUGAUAGCAAUUAACUUUUUUUGCACUUUUAAAUUUUUGUUAACAUCAUCAUGUGUUGUAAAAGUUUGUAAUGUUACAUUUUCUUUCAAUUUCAGGUGCAUGAUAUUCUUUGUAGCUUAACUAGGCUCAAAGUCAGUGAAACUUUCUUCAUCGCACAUUGGGUCAUCCACCAGACUUCCAUCCAGGACCGUGGAAUAUGGAAUGGUAAGUUUCGCUAUUUUGAUUCAUCUCUAAUUUCAAUAUUAUCGUAAAUAUUGUGUUUUUUUUAUUGAUGACGCAUAGUUCAGUUGAUCAAACUGUGAUAACACAUGAACAACGCAUUUAAUGCGAUGAAACUGGUCUUUCGCUCCUAUCUGAUAAAAGAAUAAUACCUCACGAUCGAAUCUUCCAAACAUUUGCCAUUGUUUAUUGAUGUGGAAUUUUUCUUCUUUUCCAGGAAUAACUGUUGCAAGUUCUGGCCUUCCGACAAACGGUGUGAUCUUCAACGGCAUUGGUCUUUGUUUAUUCCAAUUUGUAUAUUUUUACAACCAGUGAAAAUCAGAAAAUAAAACAAAUAUCUUCAAAUACUGUAUAA